UGGAUGCCGCCCUUGGAGACCGAGUCGUCCUUUUGGCCGCCCUCUCUUCCAGCUUCUUCUUCCUCGAAGUCCCCUCCGCCUCCGCUCGCGCCGGAAGAUGACAUCCAUGCCUGCGGGAGAGGGAGCAAGCGGCGAUCCCGUUGAUUCAGGGAAUGCCUUCAAGCUACUACUCUCCUGCCCCUCCGGUCUUCCCCCAUCUCGGGUUUAUGUCGACUUUAAUCCGUCUUACGACAGAAUUCCUCAUCCAGAUGCCAACUUAGAAGAAUCGAUAAAUGAGAUUUGGAUUCGACGACUGAAAGAGAAUACGUCACUGUAUAAUGGAAAAAAGUUCAGGUAUGCUGGACAUACUCUGCAUCAUGUGGAUGGCUUGGACCAAGAGUCAUCUGUAUGCCUUCACUUAGGUCUGACAGAUUACAGGACAUUUGUGGGUACAAAUUUGAAUCCUCUAUGGGAGAAGUUUCUCAUUCCUUCAGAAGAUGACCCUGUGCGUUGCCAACACACAUCAAGUCCCCUAGGUAAUGGUGCUAUUGUGGAAACAUCUGACAAAAGGAUUCUUGUAUUACAAAGAAGCUAUAAUGUGGGGGAAUUUCCAGGAUACUUCGUGUUCCCUGGAGGUCAUUCAGAGCCCGAGGAACUUGGAAUUUCAGACCAUCAAAAUGACAAAGGUUUGACAGAAUCUGAAGAUCUAAAUCGAAAGGUUUCUCAAGAGAUGUUUGAUGGCAUCGUCCGCGAAGUGGUUGAAGAAAUUGGGGUUCCUGCAGAAUCUCUGACAGAUCCAGUCUUUAUUGGAAUAUCUCGCAGGGAAAUGAAUGUGAGGCCGACAGCUUUUUUCUUUCUGAAAUGUAAUAUGGAGUCAAAGAAAAUUUACCAGCUGUAUUCUAGAGCUCAAGAUGGUUUUGAGUCCACUCAGCUUUACACCGUUUCAAGGGAUGAAUUAGGGAAAAUGGCUCUCAGGAUGCCUGGCUGCCAUCACGGUGGAUAUGUCCUGUAUGAAUUGAUGAUACAAACUGUUGAAGAUGCCAGACAAUCAUCCAGAUGGCUAUGAUCAGAUCAGCUGCACAGCUUGUAAAUGCUUCUGCUGCAAUUUUGCAUCAUGGCGGGAGAGAUUGAACAUAGCUUGUUGCUAUGCCAACUCCGAUUGGUAUAUGCUGAAAUAAAUGCAUAUUGGCUUCUAAUUAUAAUAACAAUUAAUGUUUAUUUUCUAUAUUAGGGGAAGCUGUGAUUGGUGAUAUCUCUCAUGGUUUCAUUAUUCCAAGUAAAUGGAAGUUUGAAGGUCAAAGGGUUGUCUAUUGAUGAUGCUUUGCCCGUGGCCUGGUGAAGGAAACCAGUAUGAAUUUGUCUUGUUCUGGGAAGAACUGUUUAUUUCAUUUCCUGAAAUUGCCCCAUAUUUGCUUUGCUCCGAACGUCAUAUAUUUGUGCAAGAAUAUUUUGUAAAAGCAACUCGAGCGUGAGAAAAGUAUGGAAUUAAUCUGAUAUCAGAGAUCAUUACAGAUUACCUGUUUUCUGAUGGCA